AUGCAGUACUAUGUAGGCGCCGAAGGGGUUAUCCACAACAUCAACAAUUUGGCUCAGCCUCCCAGCUUUGAGCUUGACUCUUCGGGAGAUCUCCCCUGGCGCUCUCUUUCAAAUCGACAGACGAAACAUGGGCCUCUGCCUGCGAUCCUUUCCGAUUUCAAGAUGUGUUCCAUUAUUGUUGAGAACGUGUUUGGCCCUGCGGUGGCGUCUCAAUGUCUCGAUGGUUUCGAUUUUACGCUCCUGUUCGAGGAGUGUUUUUUCUCCAUCGGAGUCUGCAGCCUAUUCUUGCUGUCCCUGCCGGUGCAGUUGGCUCGUCUAUCUAAGGAGCCGAGACGACCAUCAGCAGGCCCUAUUCUCUAUUCGAAAUUGGUGGUCGCAGCCGCUUCUCUAACCGCAGUAACCUCCAUUUCAGUUGUCAUUCUUUCAUAUUGGCAGCAUUAUCGGUCUCCUCGGCCUUCAACCAUACUGGCAAUCUUUUUAGGGCUUUCUCUGCCGCUAGAUAUCGUCCGUUCUCGAACUAUAUGGGCGGUACAACCCUCCGUAUAUUUUGCUGUGUUUGUAGCUGGAAUCGCGUCAGACCUUGUCAAGUUUGUACUUGAGGCUCUCGAGAGGGGGAAAUGCGCCCCAGAUACCCCAGGAUUUCUCUCCGCAGAGACUACGGCUAAUGUGUUCAACCGAAACGUCUUUUGGUGGCUUAAUCCGUUGUUGCUCCAGGGGUUCCGGGAAGCCUUGGAAACCAGGAAGCUUAGCGCCAUUGACUGUCGCCUGAACAGUGAUGGCGGAACAGAUUCAUUCUCAGCCAAAUGGAGCGCUGCCAGGGUCAAGUCUCCGUCCACCUUGGUCCAUUUACUGAUAAUUCACCAUAAAUGGGCCAUUGUCGCUGCAAUCUUGCCUCGAUUAUGUCUAACCGGACUUACUUUCACUCAACCAUUUCUCCUAGCUAGAAUUGUGAGGUAUAUCACUGAAACGGACGGCAAACUAACUAAUUACUAUGGCUAUGGCCUCAUUGUGGCAACUUUACUCAUUUAUACCGGGCUCGCUGUAACCACGACCAAUAACCAACAUAAGACAUACCGGCUUAUUACUAUGCUGCGUAGCAGCCUUGUUCCACUUGUUUAUAGCCAGACCUUGGGCCUGGAAACUUCUGCCGUGCGUGACUCAGCGGCACUUACUCUGAUGAGUGUGGAUAUUGAACGUAUCAGCUCAGGACUACGGUAUUUGCACGAGAUAUGGGCCAGCCCGAUUGACAUCGCGCUUGCUCUUUGGCUUUUGCAGCAGCAGCUCGGUAUCGCAGCCGUCGCUCCUGCGGGUAUCUUUCUUAUUUGCACCGUUUCCGGCCUUUUUGUAGCUGCCACAAUGGGAGCGCGUCAAAGAUUGUGGCUUGAAGCGAUCCAGAAUAGAGUACAAGCAACAUCAGAAAUGCUGAAGAACAUGAAGGAGAUCCGGUUAGGCGGGUUGCAGGGCCAUGUGGCCAAAAAGCUACAGAAAUUAAGAUCAGAAGAAAUAUCUGAGUCUCGCCCGUUCAAGAAGGCAUUGGUUAUAGUCGUGACGCUAUCUUUUACCACAGCGGCAUCCGGGCCAUUGCUGGCGUUCGCCAUGUAUACACUCCUAGCCUUGAGAAACGGGUCCCCAGCAUUAAAUUAUGAAAAGGCAUACACCUCGCUGACCCUAUUGGCGCUUUUGCAGGCUCCUAUGGCCCUUGUUUUAGACGCUAUUGCCGGAGUCGUCUCUGCAUUUGGGGCCAUAGAACGCAUAGGUGAAUAUGUAUCGCGUCCCACAACCCAUACAAAAAAGAUAGCUGGCGAUGGAAUAAACCGACUAUCCAUGCCACCAAUGCCUAAAACAUGUGAAGAGAAAGAGAAGCUGGCAGUUGUUCAUGCCCGAGAUUUCAGUGCCGGCUGGGAUGUGAAUCAGACUUUUGUUAUCCGGAACCUCAAUUUUAAGAUCCUAUCUUCCAGUAUCACUUUCAUCGUGGGGCCUGUGGCAUGUGGAAAAACUACGUUACUACAUUCCAUACUCGGCGAGGUAAAAUAUAACGACGGAACCCUCCAAGUAUCAGCUACGAGGGCUGGAUAUUGCUGUCAGACGCCUUGGAUUACCAAUGAUACUAUCCAACACAAUAUUAUAGGCACCAACCUAUUUGUGCAGUCCUGGUAUGAGCGGGUGGUGGAUGCCUGUGUGCUGCGAGAUGAGCUCGAAAGCUUUCCAUGCGGGGACCAAGCGGUAGUUGGGAAUAAUGGGACGGCUUUGAGCGGUGGCCAAAAAGCCCGAUUGGGAAUUGCACGAGCAAUAUACACUCGCGAAAAUCUCUUGCUUCUAGACGACGUCUUUAGCGGUUUGGAUGCCAAAACUGAGGAGCUAAUUUUCCACAAUUUAUUCGGUGCGCACGGCAUUUUAGUGGAUGAAAAUAUGACUGUGAUCCUAGCCACAAAUUCCGCGAAUCGACUUACCUACGCGGAUAAUGUUAUAUAUCUGGAUGCUAAUGGGCAACAAGUGGACAAAGCCAAUUUCAAUCAAAACGAACUAUUAGCCAAGGAGGCCACAGCGAUGCCCACAGGGAACCCUAGCUCAGAGGCACAAUCUAGGGAAAUACCAGCAGGAGCUACACUAGCGCCGCCGGGUGUCAGUCUCUUAGCAAAAAACUCCAAGAAUGAUAGCAGACGGAUAGGUGACAUGACUGUCUAUAAGUAUUAUAUACAAACUGUUCACUAUCUGAAUGCGGUUUUCUUCGCUGCUAUAUGUCUGAUUUUUGUCCUCGGGCUAACUCUACCAAAAUACACCAUUUCCCACAUCGCACUAUAUCUAGGAGCUUAUGCUGGACUUUCUGGAAUGGCAAUUGUUUCGCUGGCUGUAGCCGCUUGGUAUCUGACAGAACAUAUGCUCCCGAGAGCUUCCAAAAAAUUCCACAAAGACCUACUCGAUACGGUCUUGAAUGCACCUCUCCUAUUUUUCUUAAAGACUGAUAUAGGAACUACAGUUAACCGAUUUGCACAGGAUUUACAAUUGGCGGAUAUGGAACUACCGCUGGCCCUUUUCAAUACAACUAUAGAGUUCAUGAUGUGUCUAGUGCGACUCAUCAUCAUUGCAGUUGCGUCAAAAUACGUUGGCGCUGCUAUACCCGCGUUAUUGGUUGUCUUCUACCUCAUUCAGAAAUUUUACCUGCGCACCGCUAGGCAACUCCGGCUACUGGAUAUUGAGGCCAAAGCUCCCCUAUUUUCGAAAUUCCUUGAAACUUUAUCGGGGCUGGUCACAAUCCGGGCAUUUGGCUGGCAGAGCGAGUUUGAACAGCAUAAUCGCCAAGUGCUUGAAGAAUCACAAAAACCCUUUUAUCUUCUAUUCUGUGUCCAACGCUGGCUUAACCUAGUUCUUGACCUCGUGGUAGCAUUUAUUGCCGUCAUCGUGGUCUCGAUUUCCGUGCGAACAAAGGGAAAAGUUGACGCUGGCUCUAUUGGCAUCGCUCUGGUAAACAUUGUUCAGUUCAGUGUUACGAUAAAGAGCUUGUUGUCUAACUGGACUCAGCUUGAGAUUUCAAUCGGUGCUGUUUCCCGCAUUCGCUCGUUUUCAACUGAUACUUUAUUAGGCAAACUUGCCGGACAAUACCAUGAGCCAGAGAAUGAGGCAACCAAACAUAUUUUAUCAUCUACUUGGCCGGAACGGGGUGUCAUUGAAUUCAGGGCUGUUACUGCUCAAUAUGAAAUUAAUUCUAUUCCGGUAAUCAAGAAUUUGAAUCUAUCGAUCCGCCAGGGAGAGAAAAUUGCCUUGUGUGGAAAAAGUGGAAGCGGAAAAUCUUCUAUUAUAUCUGCGUUAUUCCGAAUCCUACACCUAUCCGAGGGAAGUAUAACCAUCGAUGGCGUCGAUAUCUCAGCCAUUCCUCAGGAAACCCUAUAUACCCGCCUUGUAUGCGUCAGUCAGACGCCGUACCUCAUCCCAGGCACGAUUCGUGAGAACAUCGACCCUUUUGGGGUUGCCGAUGAUAGUCAAGUGAACCAGGUUCUAAAAGAUGUUAUGCUCUGGGACGUGGCGAUGGCGCGAGGGGGUAUUGAGGCUCGGCUCUCAGAUGAGUUACUCAGUGUUGGUCAGAAGCAGCUUAUUUGUCUUGCUCGGGCAAUGAUACGUCCAGGGUCCAUUCUAAUCCUUGAUGAGGUCACCGCGAGCGUUGAUCUGGGCACGAAUAAGCUGAUGCAAAGCAUCAUUCGAGAUCACUUUGCAACAAGGACCACUAUUACAAUUGCACAUCAGAUAUUCACGAUCCUCGACGCCGACCGCGUAGCAGUCAUCUCCAAUGGGGAAAUAGUGGAGCAAGGUCGGCCAGCAGACUUACUCGCAAAGGAACCCCCAGGACCCUUUCGCAACUUAGCUGAGGCAAGUACUAUGAGUCUACGGGUGCCAACGAACCAUCAAGCUGCCGCAGCCUGUUAA